AUGGCCGACGAGCAGCCUCGUGGCAUCGACCACACUGAUUCCAUCGAUUCAAAUGAUGGCCCGAAGCAGCCGGACAAGAAGAAGAGCCGUCGCCCUGCGAAUACUGCCUUUCGACAACAGCGUCUAAAGGCCUGGCAGCCCAUCCUCACACCAAAGACCGUCCUGCCUCUCUUCUUCGCCAUCGGCAUUAUAUUCGCUCCCAUCGGCGGUGCUCUUCUAUACGCGAGCGCUCAGGUCCAAGAAAUCCGACUUGACUACACCGAUUGCAUUGAAAAAGCUCCCACCCUCAAGGACGGCGGCGGCUUCAGGGGAAUGCCCGGCAGUGCUGUCAGCACCGCGUUCAAGAGUUCCAACACUUCAGUGAAUGCACAGUGGGCCAAGGAGGACAACGUCACCGUUAAGCUCGACAACGGCGUCAGCGUCUCGAACCCUCGAUGCCAUCUCAAGUUCACCAUUCCAGAGGAGAUGGGCCCGCCUGUUCUCUUCUACUACCACCUCACCAACUUCUACCAGAACCAUCGCCGAUAUGUCCUCUCCUUCGAUACCGACCAGCUCAAGGGCCACAAGCGAUCUUACAGCGACAUUAAGAACUCGGACUGUACUCCCCUGUAUGGUGAGGGCAGCAAGCCUUACUAUCCCUGUGGAUUGAUCGCCAACUCCAUGUUCAACGAUACCUUCUCCAGCCCCGUGCUCUCGAACCCUCCCAAGGCCAGCAGCAAUGAUACGUGGGUAUACCAUAUGCAAAACAACACGGGCAUCUCGUGGGACAGUGACAAAGAUCUCUACGGCAAAACCUCGUACAACUACACUGACAUAGUCCCCCCUCCUAACUGGCACGAUCGCUACCCCAAUGGAUACACUAAGGACACGCCUCCUCCUAAUCUCAAGGAAUGGGAGGCUUUCCAGGUCUGGAUGCGGACGGCUGGUCUUCCUACUUUCAGCAAACUGUACCAGCGUAACGACACUCAGGCUAUGUGGUCUGGAACCUAUGAUCUGGUGAUUGACUACCGCUUCCCGACUCUCAAGUACAAGGGCACCAAGUCCGUCAUCAUUUCUACUCGAACCGUUAUUGGAGGACGCAAUCCUUUCCUUGGCAUUGCCUACGUUGUUGUCGGCGGUGUUUGUAUUGUUCUCGGCACCGUGUUUACAGUUACUCAUCUCAUCCGCCCCAGAAAACUUGGAGAUCACACUUAUCUCUCGUGGAAUAAUGCCCCUGGUGCAAAGUCUGGUCCUAGCACUGCCGCCGCUUCGGGUCGCGAACUCCGUCCUGGCGAAGCUUAG